AUAAAACAAUAGAAUUACGGAGUAAUCAUAUUGAAUUUCAAAUUAACCACGUUAGUCAGUUUUGGAUACUUUAGUUGACAUGUACUAAACUAGCACCCCACUCUAAAAGUUGCAAGAUCCGAGCCAGUACAACGUGUACUGUAUAUACACUCAGUCGUACAGUAUCAUCCAGUGUAAAGUCGACCCAGCACGUUUUAUGCAACACAUGAGAUCACAGUAAACCAUGUUAGCUACUUGGGAAUAAACUAAAGCGAAAAUGCGGGACGACCGUCCAAAAUCAGCACAUUGUAUCCGUGAACCGUAUUAUAGUGAAACAAACAGUAGAGGCUCAGGUCAUGGACCUUUCGGGGUGAAUCAAAAUCUGUUUCGAGAAGAAUCAGUGAACCCCUACGCGUCAAGUCGGACACAAAAACACUACAAGUCCCAGCACUGUGUUUAUGUGAAUGAUACAGCACAUGUUGAACCUGCAAAGUGUGGAAUUGGUGGAACAAAGUUAAACUACAGACCUGAAGAUCCAUGGGAAAGCUCCAAGUCAGGGGAUGAAAGGUUAGGCUGGUCAACUAGACCAGGAAGUGCACCAACAAGGUCAAGACCCCCCUGGAUAGAGAGAGAUAGACAGAUACUAACAUUUUUCUGUUACACAAUAGAACAAGUGUACAGCAGCCAAGAAGAACAAGAUAGACAUCGAAAGUUUAAAUUGUACUUUUACCUGGAGGAUGAUACACUCUCAAUUUCAGAGGAAAAAAGAAAAAAUUCAGGAUUACAACAAGGACGGGUUGUGAGAAGGCAUAGAGUUCCCUACACUCAGUUCAACAAAACAAACAGACCAAGGAAAUUUUGAUCUUUUUUCAAGUUUGGUUUUAAGAUUAACUAUCGAAUGUUCAAAUUGCAAAUUUUUAAGUGAAUAAUACAAAA